AAAAUACAAAGGAUAUUCUUGUGAUAUAUGAACGAGAAGCAGAAGAGUGGGCUCUGUAUUUAAAAUAUCUUUUUGGACACAUAGUGAACAAAGAAGGAAUCUUACUCUAUGAUCUAGAGACUUUGUCUUUGAAGCACCAGGAGCUACUCUCUUUACAUCAUUAUAAAUGUAAACUCCUAAUAGUAUCAUGUGGACUUAUUGACUGCCUGAAUAGAAGGAGAAGGUCUUUUCUGGAGCAAGUUCUAAAACCUCUGGAUAAUGUGGUGAUUCUACUUUGUGGGGUGGAGAAUUCAGAGAGUCUUCAUGAGAUACUGAACCUAGAUGGAGGCAGCAAAGAGAUUUCUACUGAUCAGGAACCUGAGGAGUAUCUCUCUGUUGUAACGGAAAUUAUUCAACCAGGUGAGCCACAGAAUGAAUCUUUCUCUUAUAUCUAUGAGGAAGUUCUUGCAGAUGAUCACCAGACUAACUCUGAUGUCAACGUGUCAGAUGUCAGGGGAGCAUCGGAAAAAACAGACCUCACUUUUAAAACAGAGGUACUUUCUGAAACAUUAGAAACUGACAAGCAGUCGAUAUUGGUGCUUCCGGGAAGAAUAUCAUGCGAGAACCCUGGUGAAAUAUUCAUUUUGUUGAAAGAUGAAAUAGAUGAUGAAACUUUAGAAAUUGAAUUCAUAGCAGAUAAUCAACGAAUUAGGACACAGCCAGCCUCUUGGAAUAAGAAGGUCAAGUACAUGAAAGCUUUAGAUUUUCCUGCUGGUCCUGUAUACGUAAAUGUCUACUGUGGAGGAGUCAUUGUGACCAGAGCACAGAUCGAAUACUAUACUGCUCUAGAGGAGAUUGAGCUCAUUUUUAAGAAAGUGGCUGACCCAGUUGCUUUCACGUGUCAGGCUUUUAAAUUUUCUUCUGUAGAGAAGCUGGAUAAUGUUCUGACUUUGUUAUUGAAAAACAAAAUAUCUGCUUAUGAAUUCAGACCAUUUCAAAGUGAAGAGUACCGUCAGCAACCAAAUAGCCAUCUGGAAGAAUUUCCUACUCUCCUUCACUGUGCAGCCAGAUUUGGAUUAAGGAACCUUGCAACAUUUCUACUCAGUUGUCCUGAGGGUACACGGGCUUGUAAAAUAACCAACAAAUAUGGAGAUGAUCCAGCAAGUAUCGCUGAGAAGCACGGGCACAGGCAACUAAAAAAGUUAAUUGAACAAUUGUCA